AUGGCUAAUCUCUCUCUCCAUACUUUAAAAAAGUAUUAUUUAGAACCUCAAACAAAAUACUUAAGCAUAGUUAAUAUUGAAAACAAUGUAAAAAAUAUUCUAAAAAUUAAUUAUACUAAAGAUAUAAAUAUAAUUAAAGAAAAGGAAUAUUUAAAUGAUAAUUAUGAAAUAGAAAAUGAUAAUAAAAAUAAGUUUUGGUUUUUUGGUUGUUUAGGAAUAAUAAAAGCAGAAGAUACAAAUUUUUUGGUAAUAGUUUCUGAUGCUGAAGUAGUAUGUUAUUUAUUUAAUUGUGCAAUCUACAGAAUAAAGAAAUUUUGUUUUGUCCAAUUGAACGAUGAUAAAAUGAGUAAAAAUUUUAAUGAAAAUUAUCAAUAUGAAUUUUAUUGCUUAGGAACUAAUGGGAACUUAAUAAAAGUAAAUAAUAAUACAAAAGGAGAAAAAAAAUUUUUUUGUAAUAAAAAAAUUCAGAAACAGAAUUAUUUAGAUAAUAUUUUUGAAUCCAAAAAUAUUUUUUUUGAGAGAUAUAUUUUUAAGUAUAAUAAAUUUAAUUAUCACGAUGCUUAUAUUCAUAAAUUUAAAAAUAGUACAUUAAAAAAAGAUACAUUAAAAACAAUAAUAUAUUUUUUACAUGCUUUUAAUAAAGGUCCUUUUUAUUUUUCUUAUUAUUAUAAUUUAAGUAUUUCUCUUCAAAAACAAUACCUAAAUGCAUUCAAAAAAAUUGAAAUUAAUAAAGAAUAUUCUCAUAUAAAUAAUUGUGAGCAAGAUUGUAACAUUUCACAUAAAAACUCUUCUAAUUGCUUCAACGAUUUCAAAAAAUUACAAUUUUCACAAAUUAAUAAAGAAUACACAUGGAAUUGGAAACUAUUAGAUAAAUUUAACGAAAUCGAUGCAUCUGACUUUAUUUUAUUUUUGAUUCAUGGGUAUAUUGGCUCAGAAGUGUUACAUAUAAAUAAUAAUAAAAUUAUCUUAUAUUUAAUAUCAAGAAAAAAUAAGAACAGGAGUGGUGUAAGGUUUUGGUGUAGAGGAGGAAAUGAAAAGGGAGAUGUGGCCAAUUUUGUUGAAACAGAACAAAUAGUGAUUUGUAAUGAUUCAAGAAAAAUAAACGUUUUUAGUUAUUUAUUAAUUAGAGGAUCAAUACCUGUAUUAUGGAAACAGCAACCAACUUUAAGAUUUAGGCCAAGAAUAAAUAUAUAUUCAGAUAUGAGUGAAAAUAUUAAUAUUUUAAAAUUACACAUGGAAAAAUUAAAAAAGACAUAUGGAAAAAUUUCUAUUACUAAUUUAAUAAAUAAAAAAUUUGGUGAAAGGUAUUUAGGAGAAUGUUUUGAAAUGUGUUUAAAAAAAUGUAAUGUUGAGCAUAAUUUUACUUGGUUUGAUUUUCACAGCGAAUUUAAAAAAUUAAAUUUUGAAGCAUUACAGAAAUCAUUAAAAACAGUAGUAACUGAUUUAAACGAUUUUUCAUAUUUUUCUUUUUCUUUUCCAAAUACUCUUAAUAGUUUAAACCAUGAAGAAAAUUUUUCAUGGUUAAAUGUAAAAACUCACAGUUUUCAAAAAGGAAUAUUUCGAGUAAAUUGUAUUGAUUGCUUAGAUAGAACAAAUGUUUUUCAAAGUUUUUUAGCGAAAUAUAUUUUAUUUUUGCAGUUAAAAAGUAUACAUAUAAAAUUAGAACAAAGUAAUAAUUUUCCUUAUUAUUUCUUUAAAAAUUCCUGUGAUGAAAUAUUAUAUCGUAAAAUUUGGAUAAAUAAUGCUAAUGCUAUAAGUAUAAUAUAUAGCGGUGCCGGUGCUUUAAAAAAUGAUAUAACACAAAAUGGUAAGAGAACAGUUGGUGGUCUGUUUCAAGAUUUAUAUUACAUUUUAUUGAGAUAUAUAAAUAAUAAUUUCUUAGAUGGUUAUAAUAAUGAUUGUAUAAAUUUAGCUACCAAUGAAAAUUUAAAAUAUUCACAUAUUUUUAAUAUUCAUAAAGGAAAUUAUAAUCAGUUGAUAAAAGUAUUAUUAGAAUUUAUUAUUAUUUUUUCUGCAUCUAUAUGUACCAGUCCAAUGCAGGAAUUGCUAAAAAGAGUUUAUUUUUUUACACAUAAUUUUAUUAUUAACUCUUUUUCUAACUUUACCAAUUAUAUAUUUUUUCUUAUAAGGAAAAAUUUUCAUUUAUUUUUAUUUCCUUUAAAUCAAACUAAAUAUUUCAAUUUUAUUUCUAUUUUAGCAAAAACAUCAGGUGUUGUGUCUAUUUCUUUUUUAAUUUUCCUUUUUUUUUGUAUUUACGUUUUCUUUCAAAAAAAAAGAGUUAUGUCUUCCCCACAAUUGGAUACAAAUACUUAA